AUGUACUCUGUAAUGAUGAAAGACCCAAUUAUCAAGGCCAAUGACACCAUCACGCUGGACUUGAAAGCCAACAAAAUUGUCUAUUUCAUCAAGUUUGAUGUUGGGAAUGUUGUCAUGGUGACUGGUGGAAGAAACAUGGGUCGUGUUGGAAUAAUUAAGAACAAGGAGAAGCAAAAGGGAAGCUUUGAAAUAGUUCACAUACAAGAUGCCCUUGGUCAUGAGUUUGCAACCCAUCUUGGAAAUGUUUAUAGCAUCGGCAAGGGUACGAAGCCAUGGGUCUCUCUUCCCAACGGCAAGGGUAUCAAGUUGUCCAUCAUUGAAGAGGCAAGGAAGAGUACCUCAAUGACCCGCAUGCCGAACACCAUUUCGGAAAGAUGGUGCGAGCACAAGAUGGAUUUCUCAGAAGGUUGA